AUGAAGGUCUGCGCUGCCAUCCCGAAGGCCCGCCGGGAUACGUAUACUAAAGAGUAUUUUGUCAAACAAGGUGGUUUGGGCACUCAGAAAGGAGCUGGGGGGCGAGGGUCCCGCGGGGCUCGCUCUCCAGUCGCCGAGGUUCCCGCGCCCCGCCGCGCGCCGCCGGCUGUGCCAGCGCCGGAGGAACCUCACUGCGCCUCGCCCGCGCGGACACCAGCCCCGGGGGAGAUGGAGCGAUCUUCCAGAAUGGAGGGGCACGCUGAAAUGGAGAUGCUGAGGACACUGAAGGGGCCCUCCACAGGGGAGGUCAGCGUCCACCUGGUGGCCAGAGACAGCUCAGGCUCAGGCCCUCACCUGCCCACCACCGCCUUCAUCAUCCCAGCCAGCUCGGCCACCCUCAGUCUGCCCAGCAGCACCCUAGAUGUGUCCUGCUUCCCCCGAGAGCCAAUCCAUAUGGGUGCCCCGGAUCGGCCAGCCGGCAGCGAACCCGUCACGGCCACCGUGCUGCCCCAGCUAAGUGCGGGGCCUACAGCCAGCUCCAGUGCCAGCACCGUGCGUCUCCUAGAGUGGACCGAGGCUGCGGCCCCACCUCCUGGGAGCAGCCUGCGGUUCCGGCUCAGCGAGUACGCGCCACUGGCCAUGGUGGGAGCGGAGCGUCCUCAGAGCCCCGAGCUGCGGCAGGAAGGACUGGCUGAAUAUGAGCAGGGCGAGGCUUCAGCGGGAGGUGGCGAGCCAGCCCACCAGCAGCCGGUGGACCUCCCACAGGACCCUCCAGAAAAUGUUUCUCAGGACCCUCCAGAGGAUGAUGCCGCCUGUCAGUGCCAGGCCUGCGGACCCCAGCUCGUCACCAGCCCAGACCUUGGAUCCUCAAACGAUGGCUGCUCCCAGCUCUUCCAGGAGCGGUCAGUCAUAGUGGAGAACUCCUCAGGCGGCACCAGCACUUCUGAACUGCUCAAACCCAUGAAGAAGCGGAAGUGCAGGGAAUACCAGAGCCCAUCAGAGGAGGACUCGGAGCCAGAGGUCAUGGAAAAGCAAGAAGAAAAGGAUCCAGAGGAACAGCCCAUCACCAGCACCCCAGAGAGUGAGGAGUGGAGCAGCAGCCAGCCCGCAUCUGGUGAGAAGAAGGACGUCUGGUCGUGGGAGUGCUACUUGGAAGAGCAGAAGGCCAUCACUGCCCCUGUCAGCCUCUUCCAGGACUACCAGACAGUCCCUCAUCACAAGAAUGGCUUCAAACUGGGCAUGAAGUUGGAAGGCAUUGACCCUCAACACCCAUCUAUGUACUUCAUCCUCACUGUGGCCGAGGUGUGUGGCUACCGCCUGCGUCUGCACUUUGAUGGGUAUUCCGAGUGCCAUGACUUCUGGAUCAAUGCCAACUCUCCUGACAUUCACCCUGCCGGCUGGUUUGAGAAGACUGGACACAAGCUACAGCCCCCCAAAGGUUACAGGGAGGAGGAGUUCAGCUGGAGCCAGUACUUGCGAAGCACAAGGGCGCAGGCGGCCCCCAAGCACCUGUUCAUCAGCCAGAACCACAGUCCCCCAGCCCUGGGCUUCCAGGUGGGCAUGAAGCUGGAGGCUGUUGACCGCAUGAAUCCAUCCCUCAUCUGUGUGGCCAGUGUGACCGACGUGGUGGACGGCCGCUUCCUGGUGCACUUUGAUAACUGGGAUGAUACCUACGAUUACUGGUGUGACUCCAGCAGCCCUUACAUCCACCCGGUUGGCUGGUGCCAGAAGCAAGGAAAACCCCUCACGCCUCCACAAGACUACCCAGACCCUGAUAGCUUCUGUUGGGAGAAGUAUCUAGAAGAAACCAGGACUUCUGCUGUGCCCACAUGGGCCUUCAAGGUGCGACCUCCUCACAACUUCCUGGUCAACAUGAAACUGGAGGCCGUGGACCGAAGGAAUCCUGCCCUGAUUCGGGUGGCCAGUGUGGAGGACGUGGAAGAUCACCGAAUAAAGCUCCACUUUGACGGCUGGAGCCACGCCUAUGACUUCUGGAUCGACGCAGACCACCCAGACAUCCACCCCGCAGGCUGGUGCUCCAAGACGGGACAUCCCCUGCAACCCCCUCUCCGACCCAGAGAGCCCAGCUCGGCCUCUUCUGGAGGCUGCCCCCCUCUCAGCUUUAAGAGUCUGCCAAACACUAGGACCUCCAAGUACAGCUUUCAUCACCGGAAGUGCCCGACUCCUGGUUGUGACGGCUCUGGCCACGUCACAGGCAAGUUCACGGCUCACCAUUGCCUCUCAGGCUGUCCGCUGGCUGAGAGGAACCAGAGCCGGCUGAAAGCAGAGCUGUCCGACUCAGAGGCCUCAGCUCGGAAGAGGAACCUGUCGGGCUUCUCCUCAAGGAAAAAGCCUCGCCAUCAUGGCCGGAUCGGACGCCCUCCAAAGUAUCGGAAGAUCCCACAGGAAGAUUUCCAGACCCUGUCCACCGACGUCAUGCACCAGUCCCUGUUCAUGUCGGCCUUGUCAGCCCACCCGGACCGUUCACUGUCUGUGUGCUGGGAGCAGCACUGCAAGCUGCUUCCGGGAGUGGCGGGCAUCUCAGCCUCAGCGGUUGCCAAGUGGACCAUUGAUGAGGUCUUCGGUUUUGUUCAGACUCUGACAGGUUGUGAGGACCAAGCACGGCUCUUCAAAGAUGAGAUGAUUGACGGCGAGGCCUUCCUUUUGCUGACACAGGCGGACAUUGUGAAGAUCAUGAGUGUCAAGCUGGGCCCAGCCUUGAAGAUUUAUAACUCCAUUCUCAUGUUCAAAAACGCCGACGACUCCUUAAAGUGA